ACUCCACCCUUCAACAUGAUUACAGUUUCUGCAAUCAGCCUUGCGAUUCUUUUGUCCCUUUUCUGUGAAGCAAGUACUGUCGUCUUACUCAACUCCACUGACUCAUCUCCGCCAACCAAUAGUUUCACUGAUAGCGAAGCAGCCCUCAGCUUGCCACUGCAGUCUGCGGACAUCCCCAAAGCCAGGCGGAAGCGCUACAUUUCCCAGAAUGACAUGAUCGCCAUUCUUGAUUACCAUAAUCAAGUUCGGGGCAAAGUGUUCCCACCAGCAGCAAACAUGGAAUACAUGGUCUGGGAUGAAAAUCUUGCAAAAUCUGCUGAGGCAUGGGCAGCCACUUGCAUUUGGGACCAUGGACCAUCUUAUUUGCUAAGGUUUUUGGGUCAAAAUCUAUCUGUACGAACUGGAAGAUAUCGUUCGAUUCUCCAGUUGGUCAAGCCAUGGUAUGACGAAGUGAAAGAUUACGCCUUUCCUUACCCACAGGAUUGCAAUCCUCGGUGUCCUAUGCGAUGCUUUGGUCCCAUGUGCACUCAUUAUACACAGAUGGUUUGGGCCACGUCUAAUCGAAUAGGAUGUGCAAUUCAUACUUGCCAAAACAUGAAUGUCUGGGGGGCUGUGUGGCGACGUGCAGUGUACUUGGUCUGCAACUAUGCUCCAAAGGGUAACUGGAUUGGCGAAGCACCGUACAAAGUAGGAGUGCCCUGUUCAUCGUGUCCCCCGAGUUAUGGGGGAGCCUGUACUGACAAUCUGUGCUUUCCGGGAGUAACGUCAAACUAUCUGUACUGGUUUAAAUAAGUGUAUCCAUUUGUUUUCUCCCGGGGAGACACAUUGGUUUUUGGACUCAUAAGCAUAUAUGUAUAUUGAAGUUUGGAUAUAUUAUACAUAUUUUAUUAUUAUCCUGCCUUCAUUUUAGUGCUCA